AUGAACUUUUUUUUCAAAAUGGAUAAGAGCGACCAAAAGCCAACGAUGACAGAAAUGAAAAGGGAGUCCAAGAGUUUUGAAGCAAUUCAACAAGGGAUGGUCUUUGCAGUUCUCAGUGCUUUUGGCUAUUCAUUCCAAAUUAAAAGACCUGAGAGGAUGGCCGAGAAGACUUUUCAGUAUUUAACAAUAAUGGAAGUCUUCAAGGACGAAGUUGCACUUGAUUUUGGUUGUACAAUAGACGACUUUUGUCAAAGACAAUACGAGACUGAAUUUGAUCCCAAUAUGUCCAAAGGAACACUAAAAAUAGUGAAAAGGAGAAAAGAUUUGAAUAGGACGGCAUUAUCCUUUUCUUGGAUGUUACAAUAUUGUCAACAAAGUGGGAUUGAUGUCGAGAAGAGAAGGACAAAACAAGCGAGAAAAACUCUUCAAUUAGAGAAGAUCGUUUCUAUCACACUGCCACAGUCACUUGUAUUCUUCGAUAAAGUAAAAAUUGAAACUAUGGGAACGAUAGUGCACAAACACAUCUGCUCUUUGUUUAACAAGAGAGAGAAGAAUAUCACUAUACCACAGAACUACCCAUUUUUUGUGGAAUUGUUGAAUACAAAUUCCACAACACGAGCGCUUCAAGUAGACGCCGACAAACUCAGUGAAAAUACAAUUUCUUCUGUUCAGGAAUCAUCAAGCUUGGGACAUACCACUUCUCUCCAAAAAGCAAAUAAAGUAGUUGAACCAACACGUUUUGUGGCAGACAAACAAGUGCCACAAAUGGUUACCCAACCACCACAAAUGGUAAUAAGCGACGUUUACACCCCAAGAACAAAUCAAUUUGAGUCAAUACAAACUGUUGCACAAACACCAAGAAUUCAACACUUUGCUCCAGUGAAUGUAGAAAUCCAAAAUAAUCAAGUGAAUGCUUUUGGAUAUGAAACUGUAUAUUCACCACCAGAAGCGUAUAAUGCGGAUCCGAAUUUUGUUGGGAUUGGUAUAAGUUCAGAGGACCUGAACAACAUCAAAGAAAUGAAUUUGAUGAUGGGGUGCUAUGAACAACCAAUGACUAUGAAGAGUACUAUCCCUUCAAACCAAAUGUAUCUGAGAAGAUUCGCCGAUCAAUACCAACCGGUACAAAGUGGUGUAUUUUGUCCUGUUUUAAUGCCAAAUAUUGAGUGUGGAUACUUUUAA